GCAGGAGGUUGGAAUGUCAUUGUCUUGAUUUUAACUAGAAUCAUCUACUAGAAAAUAAAAUACACGUUGCAUUUGAAUCAAAAGGAAAUAUGGCUGAUACAGGCAGUGGCAGUACUGGUGAUAACACUAGUAAUGGUGAUAACCAAACUCCACCCCCUCCUCCACAGCCACAGAGCGUCAUGGGCUUCAUGUUGUCAAAUAAAGUAGAGGCUGGACUGUGGCUGACUCGGCUCUUCACCGUCAUCUGUACCUUCUUUUUCUUUAUUCCAAUCAUUGGCAGUGGCCCUCAUGGAUUCUACCAGAGGGCUCUAAUCAGCAAUGCUGCAACCAGCGCCCUGCGUCUACACCAACGGAUACCAAACGUCCAGCUGAAUAUGGCUUUUCUGAAGACGUUGAUGCUGGAGGACAGUUGUCACUAUCUCUUCUUCUCCCUCAUCUUCCUCAACAGUUCCCCAAUUACCAUGGCACUAAUGCCCGUGUUCCUGUUUGCGUUGCUUCACGCCUGUAAUUACACAAAGAAUGUGCUGAAUAUAAUGGGCCCUAACUUUCUCCAGUUUGUAAGGAACCUGAUCCAGAAGUUACAGAGCCAACAAGUCAGUGUGUUACGGUUCGUGGCCUGUACUGAGAUCUUCAUCAUGCCCACCAUUGUCUUCAUGAUGUUCACAGGAAGAAGCAGCAUAUUCCUGCCAAUCAUUUACUACAGAUUCCUCAUCCUUAGAUACACAUCUCGCAGAAACCCAUACUGCAGGACGCUGUUCUCAGAGAUGCGUAUGACAGUGGAUUACCUUACCAACAAGCCUCAGUGCCCAGGAAUCCUAAGGACGCUAUGUCAGAAGAGUAUAGGGGUUCUCUACCGACUGGCACCCCAGAUGUGAGCACCCAGCCCCUCAUAACUUCUUAGUGCAUGCAAGAAAUUUUCUUGGUGGAUGAAAGACAAAUGAUAUAUAAAAGUGGUGUAAGAGAAACAUAUUGGCAGAUGAAAGAUAAUUUAUUUGUGAUAAAUAUUUAUGAAAUAAGUGGAUAAUGAAUUUCUUAGAACAAUUGUGUAAGUAAUUUUAUAUGUGGAAUCCAGAUUCUCAGUUUCAAUGUCAGUUAUAGUCCAUGUUUGAUCUUAAAUAUGUUUCAACUUACAUUUAAAUGCCAUGUUCAGCGAACAAAACUAUAAAGAAGAGUAGGGAUAUAUUGUACGAAGUGAACAAAUAUUGACUUCUCUGCUCCUUUAGUCAUUUAAAACUUUUAUGUUUAAAAUUAUAUAGAAAUUGUAAAUGUAUUUAGAAACUUUUGUUAUUUGUGAAAAAAUAGUUCAAGAACAAUUCAGGUUAUAUUCUAUUGAAUUGAAAUCAAGGCAAUGAGCUGGUAUACAGCGACCUGUUUUUGUUAUUCCCUCUGUUAAUUUCUGCACAGUUGGAUGGGCAUUUUGUGAAUAUGAGUUGUAACAUCUAGUCUCCUGAACAAGUUUAACAUUAGACUUGAAACAUCUACAAAUUGACAUUUUCCCCUAUGCAUUCCUAUUCCACAUUUAAUCAGAAAAACGGUGAUGUACAAAUUAUAUGUUUACUCCUAAACAGGUAGCAUUGUUUUUAUGGUACUUCUCCUAGAGGACUAUUCCAGUAAAACAUCUCUCCCACAUAUUGUUGAGGUCGGGUAGAUUUUUAUUGGAAUAGCCUUAUUCAUGAAUACAUUUCAAAUGUCAAUAAAAUUAAAUAUGUAUGCAUUUAUUCAUUAUCAGAGACUCGUUAUAUUUAUCUCACCUGAAAGGAUCCCAUUCUCGCCAUUCACAUUGAUGCCAGUUUGUAAUCAUUGUGUUUUUUGUACUUUUGUAGUGUCAUUAUUUCCAUAAUGAUGAUUCUCUUUUAAAAAUAUAAUAUUAAAUCAUAGUUUUCGCCUUCAGUUUCCCGUAUAAAACCUGUUUAUUUAAUUGCCUAAUCAUGAUUACGUGAGAAAUCUUGAAAUGGACUUUAGCUUUAUGGUAAUGAACUAAUUUUUUUCUGUAUUAUUGGGAGACAUUUAUAUAUAUACAUAAUCCAUAAGAAUAUUAACUGUGUAAUCUUGUCUGUUGCUUGUUGUAAUCAUGUUUACAAAUAAGUGUGUUACAUCCUUAUUGUCAAAGCAAAGGGCGAACAAAACUCUGUCAAGUCCAGUACGCAGUGCUGCUCAGUAGUCUUUUUCAAACUGUUUGUCAGUCUGCUACAGCGAUCUCCUGAAAUAAAUUGUUGGUCAUCUUGUAUGUAGUGUAAUUGAUACACCUGGGCCCAGUUUUUCAAACAGUGAUUAGCUUAAUCAGUGAUUAACACAAAAUUUAUUUUUUGUAUAUCUUUAAAACACAGCUAUUAACCAAGUUUAAACUUUUGAGAUAGCAAAUAUUUUAGAAGAGUAAACUACAUGCAAAAUUACAAGCUUUUACCUUGUAUAUUGUUUAAAUUAUUAGAGGUUGAAUAAAUGUCGUUUAACAGUGAUUAAGCUAAUCACCUUUUGAACAUCUGAAACAAGUACAACUGCCUGAUAUAGGAAUAAUUGAUGGGCAGGUUAACACAACCAGACAUUUUGUUCUGAAUAACUAAUAGAGUUUUAUUACCUCAAUAUUAAUAUUUAUUAUUUAAUUUGAAGUUACUCAAUACUCCUCUAACUUUCUAGAUAAAGAAGGGUUUUACUGACCUGCCUCUCUGUUUCAUCAGUAGUUGAGACCAUUUUGAUUUCCAACUGUUUGGCCCCUACCAUCACCUAUGAGUCCUGUAAGGUGGAAACAGCCGUAUGAUGCAGUGUAAUGCAUUUUUUGGCAUGCUAUAUCUGUAACCAAAUUUCAACCUUUUCACCCCUAGGUAACUUAAGUAGACUCUACCCUAAAUUCAUGUGGAUGAGUCCAUUAUGGUCUACAGCAGUGAAUGGGUUAAAGUAGCAAUCACUGUUUGUUACGUUCAUCCUUUAAUAUGUCAACAAUGAACCUGAGUGAUUGUAAGCACUCUGAGUGAUUGUUAGCACGAAUCAUGUUCUCACAUUAUUAACGUCUAGUAUUCAGGUUAAUACUCCAGUCACGACCAGUUUGUAUUAAGGACUAUAUAUAAGGUGUAUAUAAGGACUGUAUAUACACGGUAUAAGCCUGUUAGCUCUGGUUGCAUUGUGUAUACACUUUGUUUCACUGAGUGACUGGUCACUUUGAUAUUAUUUACCUCAGAUUUAAGAAUUCACUCUAAAAGGUUAUACAUAACUCAUUUCUAUAACUUUACAAAUCAUUUGAAAUGCUCUGCAUUGUCACUACUGUAGUACAGAAACCCGAAGUCAUCAGUGAGUUACGAGGCCCCAACUUUAGGUCAUGAUCAUAUUAUUUCACUUGUCUGCAAUGUUGUUCAGAAUACUGUACGUGUACAUAUUUUAGCGGUAGUCUUAUUUUAGCAAUUUUCAGUUUUCAUGCUUUAAAAAUUGUGCUAAGACUAAAGUUAUCAAUGCGCCAAUUCUUCAAUGACUAACAUGUUAACAAGUUGAUUAUGCGAUAUUAGGAAUGCAGCUCAGAAUUUUAAUGUUUAGAUCAACCAGGAAAGCUCCACACAGUUGAUAUAACACUUGAACUUUCAUCAAUUAAAGGUUAAAUUGAUUGGCAACUCAUCAUUGUUUGCCCCCUUAGAUAUGUUAGUUGUCAUUAACCAUCAUUACAAUAAGUGCAAUAUGUGUACAGUGCUAUUUUGUAUGAGGACGUAAUACCUGGUUACCUUAAUUUGUCCCAAAAAAAUAAAGAAGAACAUCCAUAGAAUUAGAUGUUAUCUAAGUCUCCGUGGUAAUACAUGUUUUUUUUUAUAAAAAGUGUUGGCUAAGAAAGAUUUCUAGUCUUUGUAAAUGUGUAGAAUUUGACUGCCGCAAGGUUUUUUUCAGUUUGAACCGUGUGCUUUUUAUUGAAUUUCAUAAACAUUUUAACAACAACUGAGCACAGUAGUUAGGUACUGACAGACACCAAUUAAAUGUCUCGUACAUUGAUGUGCUUUUUGUAUCACCCUUUAGCACAUGAUAGUUGUUGGAAACAAAGGUUUACUGUAUUUGAAUUAUAUUUCCAUUUUGUGUACGAUAGUCUCCGCAAACAAGAAAAUCUGUGUUUGAAUGUGUCCCGUAAGUGACUUACAUUAAUGGAUAUAUUAUUUCAUUUCGGUAGUUGAGAAUAAAUCACGGUAGUUUUUUUCACUAUGAGUAUUAGUUUGUAAAAAGAGUUACUUCCCUUUAACCAUAUCUAGAAUAUCGCGUUAAAAAGCAUGAUUAGACUGAUUUCAUUAUUACCUAUAUCAGGUUGUUAAACUAAUUGUACGUGUGCAUUACGUCAGCGUCUGAGAGUGGUUACGUCAGAGUCUGUGUGGUACGUUAGCAUCUGAGAGUGGUUACGUCAGAGUCUGUGUGGUACGUCAACUUCAGGGUAUGAUUAAGUCAAUAUCGGUUUGUGAAUGUUGUUUUAGGAAACAUCUUCAAUAUAUCAGGUUCUAGGUAUGUAUUUCAUUUGACGUUAACUUACUUUUCAGCUGAAACCUCAUCUCUGUCUCCAGUCUUCACUUCCACGUCCUCUUCGUUUUGUCUACUUUUCUCUUUACAGUCGAUUCCAAUUUCACAAACCCUUUGGUAAUAUUUCCUCAUCCAGUGUCAAAACGUGCCUAUAUCUUUACUUUUGCGCGUGAUCUCUAUAUCGAUGCUUCCUCUUCCUCCUUUCUGUAAAUCUCCUUAUUACCCUGCCUUGCCAUCAGACCCAUAGAAUACCUUCAAGGAGCUACCUGGAACUGGAUGUCAUACCGUACAGCGAGAUCUGCAGCCAGAAAGUGAUUUGAGUCAAAGAUGAAAAACAUAUCUAAAAAUGUUACUUAAUCUUUUUGAAUACUGGAAAUAAUAUGAUGUUUGUGUCUUGUUUUGUGUAAUUGAUGAUGGUAUGUACAAGUGUUGGAAUAUAACGCUAACGUCUUGAUAUUUUGAAGAACAAUAAUUUCUUCAUAAUUAUAGUAGAGUAUGUUUCAGUUCUGUGAUGUUGUAGUGUAAAAAGAAGACAUGUUUUGGUGUACCGUAUGUUCUCAAGACCACUAUUCACACCUGUUUGGCACAGAUAGAUGUUGUGAGUUAUUUACACAGAUAUUUGUAUACUCAUUCUGUAAUAUAUCCACAACUGUGUAUUAUUACGUUUGUCACAUACAUAGACCAGGAAAUUCAAGUUAUCUUAAAUCCGACCAGAACCAAACGACAAUAACACAACAUUGUAUCUAUUUCUUAUCCAAAGUGGGUUUUUUCAGAAAAGAAAAUUUGGAUAAGAACUAUUUUUCUCCAGGAUGGAUAUUAUCUUAUUUGAUGUUCAUUGCCUGAACAGUGUAUGGUAUAUUUAGUGGUUAAUAUGUAUCAUUGUAUCAUAAUGUAGUUAGAUGAGCUAGAGACUGUUGUUUGGUAUAAACAGUAUUUGAUUUAAUAAACACACUACGCUUGAAAGUGACGACAUCUUUGAAACUUUAAUAUACACAGUAAAACUAACUACUGUUAAUUACAUGUACGUUCAUUGACGAUAACUUGGAAAUUAAAUGUUUGAAUUCUCUCAUUCGAAGAUUUGGCAAAUGAUGUUACCAAACCAGUAAUGGAGGUAGAACUAUUAUACAGCAAUGGCAUACAUAAUAAGUAUGUAUUUAUUGUAUUCAUAGAUUGAAGGUACCAAUUGAUAAAAGUUUAGAUUAAAUAUUAUAUACUUGUUUUUGAAAAUACUCCUAUAAAUAUGUUUACUUAAUGCAUGAUCAAAGAUUAGGAAGGGUAAUAAUUACAGGAUAUAAGCACAUUCAUAAUUAAAACGGGCCAUAAUAUUUCAGAAAAUGGUAUACAUGUACUUAAUUUUAGAAACUGGCCCAUUGGAAUGGUUGGAAAUCCUGAAAAUGGCCUGUAGUGAGGUUCAAUGCUCCUUAUAUGUGCAUGCUAUUGAUAUAUAAAGUAAUCGGUAUUUGUUGAGAUUAUGUAUUAAUCAGAAAAUGAAACUGUUCUAUUCAGAAAUAAUCAAUUAUAAAAAAAUGUUAAACGAGAUAAGAACAUACAAAAUAUGGUUCAAGUAUGGUAAUAUUCCACAUCAACUUUAAACCUAAUCAUCCUUUAAUACAGUGAUGUGCACUUGUGUUGUGCAUAGUAACCACAUACCUGUGCUGUGAGUACUUGACCUGUGUGGUGAGUACUGGUACCUGUGCUGUGAGUACUGUUACCUGUGCUGUGAGUACUCGUACCUAUGCUGUGAGUACUGGUACCUGUGCUGUGAGUACUCGUACCUGUGCUGUGAGUACUGGAACCUGUGCUGUGAGUACUCGUACCUGUGCUGUGAGUACUCGUACCUGUGCUGUGAGUACUGGUACCUGUGCCGUGAGUACUG